UAACCAGUUCAAAACUUACCUGCUCAACUUUCAAAAGUGUUCGGCUGUAAAGGCAUUUUAAAUGCCCAAAUACUAUACAAUAAAAGCCCGCUGAUUUAAGGAAUUGAAAAUACUCUACUGAAAGAUGACGACUUUAAAUCCGCCAUCGUCCCUUAGGUGUUUUGUUUGUGUUAAUGAUGUAGCACUGACUUGGAAAGACUUAACACUAGCUAAAGAUUCGAAUCCGCUGGAAAAAAGCCUCGUGAAACAUCUUCAGAAAGCACAUAUGAAGCCAAAAGUAAUUUGCAGAGGAUGCAAAAUGCAGCGAUACUGCAGCGUGGCCCAUCUCGUUGCGGAUCGUCCAGAACAUAAGCCCCUUUGCCAGGUGCUGAGGAGCCUUCAGAAGUUCAGGCAGAUCGACCAUCCGUUACUGCUUCACGGAAGGAUCUCCGAUCGAGCGAUGCUGCAGUUCGUCAUGUCCCAGCUUAAGCUGAUUCUGUGGAUCAAGUUGGCCAGACCACUCACUCCGCGGGAAAGCCAGCUCAUAGGGAACCCAGUCGUCUGUGAUGUGUGCUUCAGUACCGAAGCACUGGAAGCUUGCAAUGGAUGUGCCGGAGUGGCCUACUGCACGGAGCACCUACAUGCAGUCAAGGAUUAUCACUUGCCAAAAGAUUGCCGAACUCUGGCCCUCAUCUCCACUCCCUUGCGCCAAUUGGACUGUCUCAAGAACAUCACUAAAUUCUACCAAAGCAGUUCCCUAACAGAGACUCAUAUUGUGGAUGCUUUUUUUAAAGCCACUUCCUUGAGUAUCAGCGGCAAUUCAUUUACCAAUUUGGAGGAAUACCAGCUAUUCGCAACCUGUUCAUCCUUCAGCGGCAUCGCCAGCCUUUGCCUGGCCCUGACGCACAUUUCCUGGGUCUCUAAUCCGGACAAAGCUGUCAUCGUUUACGUGGUGGGCGCCACCAAGGAGCACCUGCGAUACUUCGACCUCAUGCACCUGAAAUUCCUGUUCCUGCAGUACCCCAACAUUCGUCACCUGGAGUUGGUGUUCAUUGGGAAAUCACUUAAACAGAACGAAGACAUAAAGGGAGGCUUCAGUGUUAAGAAUCAUAGUCGAACCGUGAUAAAACGCUUUUAUCCCUUAACAUUUGCACAGUACUCAAGCUGUUACAAUGUGGAUCCCACUUUGAUUUUCAUGCUGCAACCCGAUUUCAUCGGCACUGGAAAAAUAACCCAGGACUUGGUCAGGGUAUUACAAGUUCAAAACGAAGGUUAUGAGGUUUCUGACUGGCAGCAUUGUCUGUCAAGUAUGGUUCGAUCUUUUGGUGUUCCCAUUUGUUAUACGUCGAUCUCAAAGGUCCAGGCAAUGUCUGAUUACACGGCCAUCAAUAUGGUGGCCAAGCAAAAUUACAUUGCCGUCAAGCGCGCCUACAACAUAACCUACAAUCCCUAUCGUGAAUUAUUACCAUUUCACAACCCUUCUCCAGAAGACUGCGAAAGGAUUGUUUAUGCAAAUAACUACCUGGAGGUUGUUUUCACAAGUUCCAAAAACCAUUAUUAACAGACCACCGAAAAGACUAUUUAAGCUAGUUAAGAUAAGUUGACAGUAUCUAGA